CUGCUUUUGUUUACGCGGCUGUUGAAUUAUUAUCCAACACAUUUUCUUCCAUGUUUUGUGGCCAGAGACUAGUCAAUAAUUUCUUUAAAUAUAAAAGAAAAGUGUGGCAUAAUGUGAGCCCAAUUAUAAAGCGCAGCAACUCGAGCUAUCACCCACCUAAAAUUCUGUUUUUCGGCACCGACAACUUUUCCUUGCCGAGCUUACAAGCACUUCACAAAAACUGCAGAGAUAGCUUGGGAGUUGUUACAUCCUUCAAAAGUCCUGCCAACUGUGUACGGAGCUAUGCGGAAAGAGAAAAGCUCCCCCUGCAAAAGUGGCCCGUGGAACCAUCGGAAUGUUCCAAGUUCGAUCUGGGAGUAGUUGUCUCCUUUGGUCACUUGAUACCUGCAAAUAUUAUCAAUCAAUUCCCGAAAGGAAUGAUCAAUGUUCACGCGAGCUUGUUGCCCAAAUGGCGAGGAGCUGCACCUAUUAUAUAUGCCAUCAUGAACGGAGACAAAAGCACUGGAGUUUCUAUUAUGAAAAUUGAACCCCACCGAUUUGAUAUUGGGGAUAUACUAGCUCAGCGGCAGCUGGCCAUAAAACCUGAUAUGUUCAUGCCGGAAUUACAUACAUCGUUAGCGAUAUUAGGAGCAGAUUUACUUGUGGAUACGGUUAAUAACUUGUCUAAACGACUACAGGAAGCCAAACCCCAGGAUAGUAUAUACGCCAGUUAUGCUCCCAAAAUAACAAACAAAAUCACCGAGAUUAUCUGGACAGAACUCAGUGCGAUGGAAAUAUACGCUCGGCAUCGGGCGUUGUAUGGCUAUAAAAAUCUAACCACUAGCCUUUUGGACAAACAAGUUCAGCUGCUAGAGCUACGGCUACCAGAAAAUCAACUCCCUGCACAGGAGCCUGGAACUUUUAGCUAUCAAAGGAAGCGGAUAUCGCUGUUGAUAGGAUGUGCUCAGGACACUCAACUAGAAGUUCUACAAUUACGUAUAGAAGGGAGAAAACCCAUGAGUUCCCAGGACUUUAACAACGGUUUUCUGAAACAAGCAAGAUCCCUAAGCUUCACAGACAAUAAACUAGUGAAAAAUUGAAA